AUGGGUUCUCUCGGUUCCUUCCAGCAGACCAAGUCGCUGGCCGACGUGAAAAACAAGAAACUACUACACUACAAGGGCUUCAUUGACGGACAAUGGGCCGAUGCCGCCUCUGGGAAAACAUUCGAUUUGAUCGAUCCAGGCACAGGCGAGAAACUGGCCACAUUCCCUGAAAUGGGCGCGGCGGAUGUCGCUCGAGCGAUCGAUAGCGCCUCUAAAACCUUUGUCACCUGGAAAAACACGUCGGGCCGUGAGCGCGCGCGCAUGCUGAGAAAGUGGAAUGACCUGUGCCUGGAAAACACCGAGGACUUUGCCUUGAUCAUCACCCUGGAGACGGGUAAGCCGCUGUACGAGGCAAGGGCCGAAGUGAUUUACGCGUGCAGCUUUCUCGAGUGGUUUGCGGGCGAGGCUGAGAGGAAACAGCGACUCGUCACGAUGAAGCAGCCCAUUGGAGUGGUCGGUUGUCUGAUGCCGUGGAACUACCCCAUGGCCAUGAUUACCCGCAAAGCCAGCGCGGCCAUCGCUGCCGGAUGUACCACCAUCUGGAAACCUGCAGGCGAAACACCUCUCUCCGCUGGCGCCAUGGCCGUCCUUGCUAUGGAGGCCGGCAUCCCAGCCGGAGUGAUCCAAAUCAUCACCAGUUUGACCACCGUCGCAGAGGUGGGCAAGGAGAUUUGCACAAACAAGCUGGUGAAGAAGGUCAGCUUUACGGGCAGCACGAGAGUGGGGAGGUUGUUGAUGGAGCAGUGCGCGCCGACGGUGAAGAAGCUGAGCUUGGAACUUGGGGGCAACAGUCCCUUUAUUGUCUUUGACGAUGCAGAUGUCGAUGUUGCCGUCGAGGCUGCCGUUAUGGCCAAGUUCAGAAACACCGGUCAAACGUGCGUUGCCGCCAAUCGAAUCUUUGUGCAAGACGGCAUCUAUGACAGGUUCGCCAAAGCCUUGUCCAACACGAUUUCGACUUUCAAGAUCGGCCCGGGCACUCAGGAUGGUGUCUUUGUCGGACCAUUGACUCACGAGAACAACUAUGAUGCUGACCUGGAUUAUGCAGAGGCCAAGAACAACGGUGGCAAGAUCAUCCUGGGCGGGAACCGAGUAGAGGGAACAAAAGGAUACUAUGUCCAGCCGACUAUUAUUGCAGAUAUGCCCCGCGGCACCAUCACUGAGCGAGACGAGGUGUUCGGCCCCGUCAUCCCCCUAUACCGCUUCCACACCGAGGAGGAGGUCAUCGAACUGGCCAACAACGUCGACGUCGGGCUCGGCGCCUUUGUCAUGACGUCCAGCAUGCCCCGACAAUGGCGCGUCGGUGUCGUCGGCGUAAACAUUGGUCUCCUCUCAGCCGCCGAAAAUCCCUUUGGAGGCGUGAAGCAGUCCGGUUUUGGUAGGGAGGGUGGACGUCAAGGGAUUGACGAGUACCUCGUUCUCAAGAGCAUGUUUUUAAAUGUUGCGAGUGGUUGA